CUUUCGUAGCUCUCGUGCUGCGGCUCAGCUCUCGUCGCAACGAGAUCUUUCGAGAUCUUCUCCGCCCCCGCUACCGGCGCCUCCUCUGCGGCCAGUGAGCCGGAGCCGGCCUGAGCAGCGCUCUCGGUUGCGGUCCCCACUGGAAGGACUUAGGCGCUCGCCUGGACACCGCACGCCCUUUAGUAGCCUCGGCCCAAAAGGCCUGCUUUCCACGCGCUAGCCCCGCCGGGGGUCCGUGUCCUGUCUCGGUGGCCGGACCCGGGCCCGAGCCCGAGCAGUAGCCGGCGCCAUGUCGGUGGUGGGCAUAGACCUGGGCUUCCAAAGCUGCUACGUCGCUGUGGCCCGCGCCGGCGGCAUCGAGACUAUCGCUAAUGAGUAUAGCGACCGCUGCACGCCGGCUUGCAUUUCUUUUGGUCCUAAGAAUCGUUCAAUUGGAGCAGCAGCUAAAAGCCAGGUAAUUUCUAAUGCAAAGAACACAGUCCAAGGAUUUAAAAGAUUCCAUGGCCGAGCAUUCUCUGAUCCAUUUGUGGAGGCAGAAAAAUCUAACCUUGCAUAUGAUAUUGUGCAGUUGCCUACAGGAUUAACAGGUAUAAAGGUGACAUAUAUGGAGGAAGAGCGAAAUUUUACCACUGAGCAAGUUACUGCCAUGCUUUUGUCCAAACUGAAGGAGACAGCCGAAAGUGUUCUUAAGAAGCCUGUAGUUGACUGUGUUGUUUCGGUUCCUUGUUUCUAUACUGAUGCAGAAAGACGAUCAGUGAUGGAUGCAACACAGAUCGCUGGUCUUAAUUGCUUGCGAUUAAUGAAUGAAACCACUGCAGUUGCUCUUGCAUAUGGAAUCUAUAAGCAGGAUCUUCCUGCCUUAGAAGAGAAACCAAGAAAUGUAGUUUUUGUAGACAUGGGCCACUCUGCUUAUCAAGUUUCUGUAUGUGCAUUUAAUAGAGGAAAACUGAAAGUUCUGGCCACUGCAUUUGACACGACAUUGGGAGGUAGAAAAUUUGAUGAAGUGUUAGUAAAUCACUUCUGUGAAGAAUUUGGGAAGAAAUACAAGCUAGACAUUAAGUCCAAAAUCCGUGCGUUAUUACGACUCUCUCAGGAGUGUGAGAAACUCAAGAAAUUGAUGAGUGCAAAUGCUUCAGAUCUCCCUUUGAGCAUUGAAUGUUUUAUGAAUGAUGUUGAUGUAUCUGGAACUAUGAAUAGAGGCAAAUUUCUGGAGAUGUGCAAUGAUCUCUUAGCUAGAGUGGAGCCACCACUUCGUAGUGUUUUGGAACAAACCAAGUUAAAGAAAGAAGAUAUUUAUGCAGUGGAGAUAGUUGGUGGUGCUACACGAAUCCCAGCGGUAAAAGAGAAGAUCAGCAAAUUUUUUGGUAAAGAACUUAGUACAACAUUAAAUGCUGAUGAAGCUGUCACUCGAGGCUGUGCAUUGCAGUGCGCCAUCUUAUCGCCUGCUUUCAAAGUCAGAGAAUUUUCUAUCACUGAUGUAGUACCAUAUCCAAUAUCUCUGAGAUGGAAUUCUCCAGCUGAAGAAGGGUCAAGUGACUGUGAAGUCUUUUCCAAAAAUCAUGCUGCUCCUUUCUCUAAAGUCCUUACAUUUUAUAGAAAGGAACCUUUCACUCUUGAGGCCUACUACAGCUCUCCUCAGGAUUUGCCCUAUCCAGAUCCUGCUAUAGCUCAGUUUUCAGUUCAGAAAGUCACUCCUCAGUCUGAUGGCUCCAGUUCAAAAGUGAAAGUCAAAGUUCGAGUAAAUGUCCAUGGCAUUUUCAGUGUGUCCAGUGCGUCUUUAGUGGAGGUUCACAAGUCUGAGGAAAAUGAGGAGCCAAUGGAAACAGAUCAGAAUGCAAAGGAGGAAGAGAAGAUGCAAGUGGACCAGGAGGAACCACAUGUUGAAGAGCAACAGCAGCAGACACCAUCAGAAAAUAAGUCAGAGUCUGAAGAAAUGGAGACCUCUCAAGCUGGAUCCAAGGAUAAAAAGAUGGACCAACCACCCCAAGCCAAGAAGGCAAAAGUGAAGACCAGUACUGUGGACCUGCCAAUCGAGAAUCAGCUGUUAUGGCAGAUAGACAGAGAGAUGCUCAACUUGUACAUUGAAAAUGAGGGUAAGAUGAUCAUGCAGGAUAAACUGGAGAAGGAGCGGAAUGAUGCUAAGAACGCAGUGGAGGAAUAUGUGUAUGAAAUGAGAGACAAGCUUAGUGGUGAAUAUGAGAAGUUUGUGAGUGAAGAUGAUCGUAACAGUUUUACCUUGAAACUAGAAGAUACUGAAAAUUGGUUGUAUGAGGAUGGAGAAGACCAGCCAAAGCAAGUUUAUGUUGAUAAGUUGGCUGAAUUAAAAAAUCUAGGUCAACCUAUUAAGAUACGUUUUCAGGAAUCUGAAGAACGACCAAAAUUAUUUGAAGAACUAGGGAAACAGAUCCAACAGUAUAUGAAAAUAAUCAGCUCUUUCAAAAACAAGGAGGACCAGUAUGAUCAUUUGGAUGCUGCUGACAUGACAAAGGUAGAAAAAAGCACAAAUGAGGCAAUGGAGUGGAUGAAUAACAAGCUAAAUCUGCAGAACAAGCAGAGUUUGACCAUGGAUCCAGUUGUCAAGUCAAAAGAGAUUGAAGCUAAAAUUAAGGAGCUGACAAGUAUUUGUAGCCCUAUAAUUUCAAAGCCCAAACCCAAAGUGGAACCUCCAAAAGAGGAACAAAAAAAUGCAGAGCAGAAUGGACCAGUGGAUGGACAAGGAGACAACCCAGGCCCCCAGGCUGCUGAGCAGGGUACAGACACAGCUGUGCCUUCGGAUUCAGACAAGAAGCUUCCUGAAAUGGACAUUGAUUGAUUCCAACACUUGUUUCUAUUAAAACAGACUAUUAUAAAGCUUUAAGUUGUCAACUUUGUUCUAAAUAUCAACUAGAGCAAGUGAAUACUGAAGAUUUCUUAGUCAGUUUUUAGGGGAUUUUCGGGGAGGGGAAAUAGGUAAUGUAUGGAGCAUUUUGACUUCUAAAUAGUUAGAUACAGAAAUUAAGUGCAUUGUAUCUUUUUCAUAAUGGUACUAUUUAGAAGCCCAGUUAGUCUUACUGAGCUUAUGCUUCACUCCUUUAUGUUUAACCAUGUGUCUACAAGAAUAAGUUUGUUUUGGAAAGUUGAGCUAUAGCUACAGCUCUAGCUAUCCAGCAGACUUUUCAUUAUGACUUACAUGGCAGGAGCUCUAAUUAUGCUUUAAAAAUCUGUUGUGGAGAUUGCUCUAAAGGCUCCCUGCCUGGUGUGGGGAUGGGGUCCCCCUCUUUGUGAGGGCCGGAACAUGGCACGGCAUGGAUUAACACGGCAGAGGAACAAAGGUGUGCUCUGAGCUUCUUCAUAUUUCACCUUCACCCUCACCUGUGUUCUCUUCCCUCUCUCCCUAUAAAAGGGCUCCCAUUAUAAAUGCCAUGUACUUCUCUUGGGAAAACAGACCCCCUUGCCUAGAGUAAGUUGUUAACUGAGGGCUUUAAACCUGGAGGCUCUUGCUGAAAGUAUGUUCAUGAAUACCCCAAGCAUCAAGGUCUAAAUAAUUUUCAGAAGAUUAGAAUUGGGUAGAUAUACUGUUGGAUAUAGCCAUGGUAAAUUUAGUAAAUUUAACUGAGGAAUUAAAUCCUUGUUAAUUUUGGUGUAAAGAUUUGUAUCCUGGCCUGUUUAUUCAGGUGGGAGGUGUUCUGUAUAAUUUUGAGGUAUAGCUUGAACUCCUAGAACCAGAGUUAAAAGUUCUUUUUAGCUCAUUCACAAUCAAUCACUUGUGUGUUAAGUGUUAAUAUCUGUCAUGAACCUGCCAAUUUGUACAUGUUAAGCAGCUGACAGAUGAUACAAAAAAACUAAGAUACACUGGAUUGUACUGGAUGAGCCUGAAAUUAGUGUUAAAGAAGUGUGGUGCCUGAUGUUAUAACAACACCUCAUUCUUAACUGUGUGGCCAGUGUCAGGUAUACCAAAGCAUUCCUCUGACUGCUUUUUGGGGCAGUGUUGACAGGAGUGAGGCAUUUUGGAAACUCCAAGGGAAGCCUGUGUUUGAGGCCAGAGUUGGUACCUGCUUUAAGAAACUGUUACAAGGCUUGUUGGUAAUGUUUUGGAUGUUUGUAAAAAUUGAUAUUCUGUAUAACAGAGUGCCUCUCUGUUACUUUUGGCCUAUGUUGUUAGAAAUAAGAUGCUAUCUUGCAUAGUUAGAAUUAAGCGUUUGUCCAUCUCUAGAUACAUUGAAAAGUUUUAGAGUGUUACAGGCUCUAAAGUGCUAUGGAGAACAAUUGCUUAGGAGGAGGAAGGGGAAAGUAUACUUAUGUUGGUGUGUAAGCACGCAUGGAGGCCUCGAGGCACCACAACAAGGCCAUGUUCUUAGCACGUCCUCUGUUCUCUGUCAUGCUUCAAGAGUUCCAGCUGGCCUGCUGUGAAGCCAGUAGCUAUUUUAAAAGUGCUGGCUGCAGGAUUAAGCCAACCCUUUACAACUGGCCCAGUCCUUAAUGGCCAUUUCUUCUU